GGCAACAAAAGCUGAUGUAGCUGAAAUUACACAAGAGAUGGCAACAAAAGCUGAUGUAGUAGAAAUUACACAAGAGAUGGCAACAAAAGCUGAUGUAGCUGAAAUUACACAAGAGAUGGCUACAAAAGCUGAUGUAGAUGAAAUUACACAAGUGAUGGCAACAAAAGCUGAUGUAGCUGAAAUUACACAAGUGAUGGCAACAAAAGCUGAUGUUGUUGGAGUAAGAGAAAUGAUACAGGACAAAAUAUGCUCAGAUCUUCAGAAGCUUGGAAAGUGUAAUUUUAAUGGUCUUAUAAAAGAUCUUAACAAAAAAUACUUACAAAGUACUAGACAAUGGUUAUUUGAAAAACUUGACAGUUGGUUUACCGACAAAAACGAAGAUGUUUCUAAUGUCAUGAUUUUGAUUGCUGGUCCAGGCGUUGGUAAAAGUGUGUUUGCUGCUGAGGUGUGUCGACGAUAUUUUGAAAAGAAGAAACUUGCUGCUUCACAUUUCUGCAGAUAUAAUCGAUCAGAUGAGAGGAAUCCUCGAAUGUUGAUAGAAUCAUUGGCUAGUAGCAUGUGUGAUACAAUAUCAGAUUUUAGAAGUAAACUGAAUGAAGAAUUACAGAGAAAACAUUCCUACGAAUCAGUCACCGAUGCAUUCCGUGUUUUAUUACAUAAUCCAUUGCAUUCAUUGGAAGAUUAUGAACCAAUGCUUUUGGUUAUUGAUGCCUUAGAUGAAAGUCAAGUUGACGGCAAAAGUGAAUUGUUGGAAUUGAUUGCAGAAGAGUUUGACCGACUGCCUAAAUGGAUUAAAAUCUUCAUCACCAGUCGUCCAGAACUUCCUGUUCAAAAGGAGAUGAAAGACAUGAGCCCUGUGGAAAUUACAACUAGUCCUCGUGAUGAAAACAACGAAGAAGACCUGCACAAGUAUUUGAGACAUGAGUUGAGUCAUCUGGCAAAAAAGAAUAGUGAUGGUGCUUUCAAUUUAUUAGUUAAAAAAUGCGAGGGUUCGUUUCUGUACGCUUACCACGCACAAGAGAGUUUAAAAAAAGAAACUGAGCUAACUGUCGAGAAUAUAGAACAAUUGGUUCCUACUAAGUUGAGUAAAUUUUACACGGAACAGUUCAAGAGAUUAAAUAAAUUAUUGAAAGAAACAAUUUUAUCAACACACAAAACCGUUAUUUCCGAUAGAAACUUUACGGAAUGUCUUGAAGUGUUGGUGACUUAUGAAAGUAUUUUGCCUUUGUCUUUUCUUUUUCAAUGUUUAGGUUUUCCUGAUGACAUGAAGUUUAAAGAUCGUACUAAAAUACAUGGAGUGCUGUCUCAAUUUUUUCCAAUUUACGAUGAUUAUUUGGCCGUGUAUCACAAGUCUCUCGUUGAUUGGUUGAAAUCAGAUGGUUAUGAAGAGCAUGAGUUUACAGUUGAUCCAAAAAAUGGACAUAAGUUAUUAUGGUAUGCUUGUGAGAAAGUGUUUAAACAAAUCAAGUCAAUGAACAUUUUUGAAGAUCAGAUGAACACUGCUGUGAUUAAAUAUGCUUUGGAGAAUGGAAUCUAUCAUAUGUCAAAAUGUGGCGAAAAUGUUGACUUUAGCUGGGCAGUAGAUGUCAAAGUGGUUUGUGCAAGGUUAAUGGGUUUUGAAGACCUUAACAUGGAGGAUAUCAUUAAGUCUGACUUGUUUCAAAUCUUUAAGGAACAACGAAUUUUCUUGAGAAAAGAUGUACUUGAGGAACUGCUGUUUCAUUUGUUUAUGAGGACAGGGGAUUCAUAUUUGUAUGAUGAUGGCUUAAUUUAUUUACAAAUUAUUGCAAACAGAAUUGAUGGCAGUGACGAAAAAAGAUUAUUGGCAAGGGAUUUAUUGAAACAAGGAAAGUUUGUUUGGUUUGAGUAUUUAGACUCAACAUAUUUAACAAACCAUCAUCAUUUGACUGUCUCCUUGCGUGCUAACGUUACAUCUCUUUGUGUGUCGUCCAAUGAAGAACUUCUUGCUGUAGGAUAUGAAAAUGGUGAAAUAUCUAUUUUUGAGCUUCCUGAAUUCGAAGAACGAUGCACUCUUGGCACUGCACUCGAUGAUUCAAGGUUGGAUAAGUGGGAUGUAGACACAUUUAGUUCCCAGUAUGACAAAUAUUACUAUCCAACAUCAGAGAAAUUUGGUUUUGUACGUGGAAACAUCUUUUGUUGCUCCUUUUCACCUACCGGAAAAAGACUGGUAACUAGUGAUGGAUCUACUGAAGUAAAGUUGUGGGACGUUAACAAUGGACGUUUGUUAUUAUGUUUAAAGUCAGAUGAUGUCGUUAAUCGUUGCUCUUUCUCAGAUUUUGGUUUGUUCAUUAUAGCAGAGUAUGUAAAAGAUUACCAUGAACGUCCUAAAGAUGUCUUUACUGCAUGGAAUUCAUUAACUUUGGAAAGAAUUGAUCGACGCUGCGUUGUUGAUUACCAAGAAGUACAAUACACCGAUAAAUGUUCAGAGUUCUUUGUUCCAGUCAUUGAAGGGUCUUGGUAUGUUUUUCAAUUCCCAAAGGCAAUCGAUAUUUUUUUAAAUAGAAAUGAAUAUCCACUACGUUUACAUUCAAUGAUAAGACACCAUUAUCGCGAUUGUAUUUAUAAUCGUACAAACCAGAAUGGAAAGCUUUCUGAAAUCACUCAGUUUUGCGUUGUGCCGUAUUUUUCCAAGCUUAAAAUUUUCAAAACUGAUCAUAUUUGGAGACCUUCAUUUAUCUUUGAUGAAUUUGAAAUUAAAUGUUGUUGUUUUUCACCGGAUGGAUCUUUUUUGGCAGCUUUCGUUGUUGGUGACAACGUCAACAUUCAUAUUUGGAGCAUUGAACGUUGCACUAUUAUUCAAACUGUACCAAUGCAACUGAAGAAUGCAUUAGGAUGUUGGUGGUCGGAUGGUUUACUGUGGAUAUGGGAUGGUUCUGAUCAUCUUAUGAAGAUAUCAACUUCGUCUGAAAAUUUUGUAGAUUCUACUCAAGCAAAGCAUGUUAACAUUGGAUUUAAACCUAAAGAAAUCUUAACAUUUGGUGAUGUCUUAGUUUGUAUUGACGAAGAAAGUUUUGUUCAAGUUGUUAGAAUUACCAAGGGUGAGAUACAAUAUAACAAAAGACUUCCUGUUGAUAGUUCAAAAUUUAAAGCAGCAGCUGUAUCACCUGAUAAUUCUGUUAUUCUAACUGUAAACAAAACAGAAUACACAUUAUGGAAAUGGGGAAAUAACAACAAUGAACUUUACUUGAAACCUUGGCAUACUGCAGAAAUACCCACAACGUCUUUUAUUGAAAAAUUUGUUGAAGAACAGAUAACUGUAAAUGAUCUAAAAUUCUACUGCUGUAUAAGUGAUAAUAAACAAGCAGUCAUAACAUUUUCCAGAGACAUCAGAAGUAAGGGCAUUUAUGUAAUUAAUGUUCACGAGAAUGGUGAUGUGAAUGAGAUUAUGCAUGUCUGUGCAUUACUUUUGCAAUCCAACCUAGUCAUACACAAAUCUUAUUGCAUUGGGUCAUCGAGUGCUGUAGAUUUGAAGAGUGGUAAAGUAUGCACUGCAAUUGAAGAACAAUAUUUUCUAUCCACAACAGUGCCUCAAAUAACUAUUCAUUCCAAUACAGGAACUUUAGCUUUUGUUUACAAGAGAGAUUGCAGAAUUCGAUUUUUAAAACUUAAUGUUCCUGAAUAAAUACAUCAACUCAAACUUUAAUAGUAAAUUCAAAAACCUGUUGAGAAAACUGCACAAAGAUGUUGAUGGUCGUAAGGAUGAUUCCUUCUUUCCACCUACUAUAGUUUUUUACAGAAGAAGUAUAAUUAUUUUACCAGGCAAUCUUUAAAAAAUUAUCUAUAUUUACCAACAAUAAAUUUGGACAAAUUUUGCAAAAGAUGUUUUAAAUUUAUCGGUACUAUUUCUUGGAAUGUCUUACCUACUGCUAUUAAAGAAUGUAAAAUAUUAUCUAUGAUUGCAAUAAUCUGAAACGAUGUAUAAUUGCUUUUUAUAACACAAAUGACUUGUAUUUAAAAAGAACGCUUCUAUACUAAUUGAUCAUGAAUAUUUGUUUAUUCCUUUCUAAGAUUCUACUUGUAGUCUUCAUAAAUGAAUUGUCAUUUAAACAGGGCAUCCUCUAGAUUUGACUACUACUGUAAAAUGCUCUGUCAAACUUAUUAUUAUGUAUUGUACUUCUGAACAAAUUUCAUGUUGAUGAUUUAUUUUUUAAUAAAAAUGUAUGGUUA